CUCCCCUUCCCCGCAAGUAAAAAAGAAAACAUUGAGGAAAACGUCCGUGUCAACCGCCGCACGAGUGCCUGAUGCGCGCGGGGUGCCGUCAGAGAGGAAAGCCGACGUCCAUUUAACGGGUCUCGUGUGUUUUUAGCAAACUUCGAGGAUUCGGGGCCAGCUGACUCGCGCUGGAGCGAUGAAGGGAGAGGCGGAAGUGAAGUCACUUGACAGACCGUCCAUGUUAUUAUUGUUAUUUCGGUAGCCCUGUGAUGAGACGCGCUGGGGAGCCGCUGGUCUCCGAGACAACACGACCGUUAACGUUACCGCAGGCCGCCCCGCACUGACGCCGCCCUCACCACCAGCACCUCCUCGCUGACCCGGAGACGGGAGCCUCGCUGACGGCUGGGGGGGAGGGCGUGAGGACCCAGCUCCAGCUCGGCUCCUACACUCCGGCCGACCAAAAAUAAAACGGCGAAACAAUAACGGCGUUCGUCAAACGGCUCGACUGGUGUCUGCGCGGUGUGUAGCAGGGACGUGCCGCAGCAGACAUGAACGGUAUCACCAAGGGCCGGUUCGAGGUGUUCUCAAACAGCGACGAAGCGCCCAUUAACAAGAAGCUCCCAAAAGAGCUUCUUCUUAGAAUAUUCUCCUAUCUAGAUGUGGUUACACUCUGUAGGUGUGCCCAAGUUUCCAAGGCGUGGAAUGUCCUGGCCCUGGACGGCAGUAACUGGCAGAAGAUUGACUUGUUCAACUUUCAGACAGACAUAGAGGGCCGCGUAGUGGAGAACAUUUCAAAGCGUUGCGGAGGCUUCCUGAGGCAGCUGAGCCUCCGGGGCUGCCUAAGCGUGGGAGAUGCCUCCAUGAAGACGUUUGCUCAGAACUGCAGAAACAUUGAGGUGUUGAACCUGAACGGCUGCACCAAGAUCACAGACAGCACCUGUCUCAGCCUCAGCAAGUUUUGCUAUAAACUCAAGCAGCUAGAUCUCACCUCCUGUGUGUCCAUCAGCAACCACUCCCUCAAGGCCGUCAGUGACGGCUGCAGAAUGCUGGAGAUGUUGAACCUGUCAUGGUGUGACCAGAUCACACGGGAUGGCAUUGAGGCUCUGGCUAGAGGCUGCACUGGUUUACAAGCACUCUUCCUCCGAGGCUGCACACAGCUGGAAGAUGGAGCAUUGAAACACCUCCAGAAACACUGCCCAGAACUCACCACCAUCAAUAUGCAGUCUUGCACAAUCACUGAUGAAGGCCUGGUCAGUCUGUGUCGAGGAUGCCACAAGCUGCAGAUCCUUUGUGUGUCUGGCUGCAGUAACAUCACUGAUGCCUCCCUUACUGCAAUGGGACUCAACUGUCCCAGACUCAAGAUCCUUGAAGCUGCACGUUGCUCCCAUGUUACAGAUGCCGGGUUCACUGUGCUGGCCAGGAAUUGUCAUGAGCUCGAAAAAAUGGACUUAGAAGAAUGUAUUUUGGUGACAGAUAACACCCUGGUUCAACUGUCUAUCCACUGCCCUCACCUGCAAGCACUGUCUUUGUCCCACUGUGAGCUGAUCACAGAUGAUGGUAUCAGAGCUCUGAGCAGCAGUACCUGUGGCCAAGAGCGCCUCACAGUGGUGGAGUUGGACAACUGCCCCCUCAUCACUGACGUGACCCUGGAGCACCUGAAGAGUUGCCAUCGCCUGGAGCGCAUUGAGCUCUACGACUGUCAGCAAGUCACUAGGGCUGGCAUCAAACGCAUCCGGGCCCACCUUCCAGAGAUCAAAGUCCACGCCUACUUUGCCCCAGUGACACCCCCUCCCUCUGUACAUGGAGGUGGCCAGCGUCUGUGCCGCUGCUGCAUCAUCCUCUGACAGUGGAGGGCCAGGGGGGGCCACCUCUGUCUACAGGUCUUGCUGCUCUGAUAUGGGCUGAUGGGAUUGGGGGGGGAGGGGGGACUGGGGUAGGGGUGAGGAGGGGCUGGACCCACUCACUGCUCCUGAUCAGUGAUCAAUACAUAGGCUGAUUGCCCCUGAUCAGUUGAACCCGCCCCUCCUCUCUCCUCUUGCUCACCAAUAAGGAUGCAGCAGCCCUGGAUUUGGGUGUGGAGGGGCGGGUGGAAACAACACGGAUGAACUCUUUCUUUCUUUCUUUCUUUCUUUCUCUCUCUCUCUCUCUCUCUCUCUCAAGACAGAAACAGGUUCUCCACUCCAUCCUGCUCCUCCCACCUGUGGGUAAAGAGGACUGCCUCUGGUCAGCUGAAGAUGGGGGUAGGGGGUCUGAACAGUGGAACUACAAUGCACCAUGUUCAAAAAACAAAAAAAAGACAAUGUUGUCAUCUUGGGCAACCGUUUGCUCUCUGUGGACUAUCAUCUCAACCAAUCAAAUGACACCUCUAUGUGACCAUCCUGUGAUUCAUUCUGCUUUGACCAAUAAACAUGCAGCACAGAGGGAGAGGAGAGCUGGCUUGUGGGUAAUGGUGAUCUUCAGUGAAGCUUUGGAACAGCCAGCUCAACUCUCUCGUGUGGAAGAGAAAAAAAACAGGUGCCGAAUGGGACAUGUCACAUAUUUGUGCAUCGGAUCAACUUUUGUUGAGAUUUAGAUUGUGUUUGUACAGAGAAUGUUUUGCAAUGGAAAAAAAUAAGAAUAAGACUUCAGUGCUUAUUGUAAUUGUCCAUGCCUGUCUAUUCAGAGAGGGAGAUAUGUUUGUCAUUGUUUUUUAAAUUGAAAAGAGGCAACUGUUGCUGUUUAACAAAAUAAGGACCUAUGAUUCUGAGCCUAAGCGUCGAAAAGUGUUAUGUUAACUCUUUAUGCUGCUGGGAUGAGUGGCCUCUUCUCUGUUCUACAUGUUUAUGUUGGCCCUUAUCCAAUCCUGUCAGUAGCCCUGUGCAUUUGACCACUUAAGCAUUUGUUUACAUCCUGAAUUAGGUUAGCACCACAGACAAACUUGUUUACAUCAGUAGGUUUCCAGUGUCCUACUAUUCAGAGUGAGUUUAGCAACACUGAUACAACUGUGGUAUUUGGAUAUUAAUCAGGGAGAACGUUGGUGCAACCUUGCUUCCAAAUGAAUGGGACUUUGCUUAAAGCUGAUAUAAUAGUUUUGAAGAAUGUGAGCAAAGGCACCUCAACUUUUUUGACAAUCAAAUUAAUGUAUGUAUUUGACAGUUAAUUCUGUGAGGUUUUGUGCAAUUGGCAAUAUACUGACUAUGUAGGAUAUAAAGAACUCCACUUGCUUAAUAAAGCAGCACAUGAGAUACAAUAUUAAAUGAGUUAGAGUAAAUAGCAUAUAACAUAGAUCUGGUAGAUCUAUUAAAUUAAUCGGUGACAAAUUCCCACUCAUCUAAUUCUACACAACAUAUGUCACAGCAGGAAUACAGUGACUGAAAAGCCUCAGAACCAACAGCUGUUUCACUCUCUACAGACACUCCCUCUGAUCAACAGGAUCUCAACAUUAUCUGUCUUGCCAUGCAGAUUAACACAUGUAUUGGGCAUGAAAUAUCUCAAAGCACUGGAAAUACAAAAAAAUAGAAGAAGCUCACCUUUUAGCGCUGAACAAGAGACUGGCAUGUGCUGUGUAGUGCCAAGUGCUCAAAGACUGGGUAGAUUGGCAGGACAAUGGAUAGGACUGAAACAAUGAGAGCAGACAGAAAGAUGAAGAAAGACUCAGAUACAUGACGGACGUGACUGGCUGUGAUACUAAUGUCCUCUCUUUGACAGCUGUUAUAACAGUUUUAUGUUUAAGAAAAUAAAGAAAUGAUGAGAAAAAUUAUGAAUAAAUAAUGAAUAAAUAAAGUGACUACUAGCAAAUGUG